AUGCUAGGAUUUUUGGACAUUUUCAAUGAUCAAGCGAGGCAAUUGGUUGAAGAUCUAAAAGUAGAAGUCGGCCGAGCGCCCUUCGAUCAUGAUCCUUAUAUACGUCGUACUGCAAUGGAAGCAAUCUGUUGUGAGAAAUUUAAACCAUUCUUGGAUCUGCUUUUCGAACUUAACGACUCUAAUGGAAAGGAAGCCUUCUCGGAACAAGAAAUUAGGGAACAUGUCGAUACAUUUAUUGUUGCUGGUCACGACACUGUUGCAGGAACGUUGGUCUUUACUUUGCUUCUCAUUGGCUCAUAUCCUGAAGUUCAAGAAAAGAUUUGCGAAGAACACCCAAUAUGGGGAGAAAAUCCGGAGCAGUUUAAGCCAGAAAGAUGGCUGCAGCAAUCAACCCUACCGGAGAAUACAAAUGCAUUUGUUGCGUUUGGCCUUGGAAGAAGAGUAUGCAUAGCAAGGCCAUACGCGAUGUUCAUAAUGAAGACGAUCAUUUCUCAUGUGCUACGCCACUAUCGUGUAUCAGGAGAUCAUCUUAAAAUGGUCAAUACGUUCGACUGCUUGCUUAAAACUGCAACGGGGCAUUACAUCAUCCUUAGAGCGAAGAACUCCUUGAGAUAUAUUCGAAAUUGUGAAUCCAAAUAUAUAAUUAAAGAU